AUGGACAAUGCAGUGUCAUUUGGCAGUUUGAAUUCGGGUGUCCAGACAGGGAUUAAUCAUGGCACGAUAAAUGCUUCACUCAAUCUUUCUACAGACCCCCUAGACAAGUUAUAUAUUGCCCACGGAGCCGAAUUCAACUCAUAUGGGGAUCAACAUGAAGAUGAUUGUCUUCCGGGCACAAGAAUCGAGCUUCUCGAAACCAUACAACAAUGGGUUCGGUCACCGCACGGAAAGUGUAUAUUUUGGUUGAAUGGCAUGGCUGGAACGGGGAAGUCGACAAUCUCCCGCACAGUCGCAAAGUCCUUUCGGCAAAAGCAACUAGUCAUUGCUUGCUUCUUCUUCAAAAGAGGCGAGGGAGAUAGAGGGAAUGCUAAGAAGUUUUUCUCAACAAUUACCCGGCAACUAGCGGCUGGAAUUCCUGAUCUGACACCUAGUAUUCGCAAGGCAAUUCAUAGUGACCCUGAUCUUGCCACAAAGUCAUUGAGUGAGCAGUUUGAUAAACUAAUCAUUCAGCCGUUCCAGAGCUUGCAAAACCUCACCCUUCCAAUUCCGGUGGUGGCCAUUGUGAUCGAUGCUUUAGACGAAUGUGAAACCGACAAUGAUAUUCGAGUCAUAGUACAAUUACUACCUCAAGUACAAAAGAUCAAGGCUGUCCAGUUUCGAAUCUUCUUAACAAGCCGACCUGAAUUACCGAUUCGCCUAGGCUUUUUGAAAAUUGCAAAACAUGAAUAUCGGGAUCUCGCUCUCCAUGAGAUCCCCGAGGCUGUGACAGCACAUGACAUAACAUUGUUCCUGAAAGACCGGCUGAAUAGGAUUAGGGACACGAAAGAUGUCCCUGUAGACUGGCCUAGAGACGAGGAGAUUCAAUCCCUUGUGGCGAUGUCAGUCCCGUUGUUCAUUUCAGCAGCUACUGUGUGCCGUUUAGUGGAAGUGAAGCUGGACCCUGUGGAAUCCCUCACCGAUCUCCUCAGGGACCAAGCCAACUAUGCAACAACAAUGGACAAAACAUAUCUACCAGUUCUUACACAAUUUUUGAAUGGCCGAGAUGACGAUUAUACGGAGCAAUUGCUGCAAAGUUUUCAACAAAUUGUCGGCCUCAUAAUACUUCUUGCUGUCCCCCUUUCCGUGAACGGGCUCUCCGGGUUUCUGGAUAUUAAAGCUAGAGUGAUUACGAAUCUAUUAGAUUCUUUUCGAUCCGUUCUUAGCUUACCCAGAAACCCGGAUCUGCCGGUUAAAAUCUUACACGCCUCGUUUCGAGACUUUUUAGUCCAGUCAAAUGGUAAAUUUCGAGUUAACGAGCGCAAAAAGCAUAAGGAAAUUGCUCUCAACUGUCUCAAAAUUAUGCGAACUCAUCUCAAGAAAAAUAUCUGCAAUCUGGAAACCCCUUGCACGAAUAGGACAGACAUCGAUCCGCAGUCUCUUCGCCAGUGUUUCCCACCAGAGCUCGAAUACUCCUGUCGGUACUGGGCCCACCAUGUCAAACACGGCGAGAUCUUAUCCUCCGGGAUAGAAAAUGUGUUAUUCUUCCUACGGGAGAAGUUUCUGCACUGGGUAGAAGCAAUGAGUCUUCUGGGGUUCAUGUCGGAAGUGAUGGUAUUGCUGGACCUCCUCUAUGUUAUAUCAGACUACCAAAAACACGCGAUUUCAGACUUUAUACACGACGCAAAGCGCUUUAUUCUCAAAAAUCGUCGAAUUGUUGAUGAAAUGCCUCUCCGGCUUUAUUGCUCAGCGCUGAUAUUCGCGCCACGAAUGUCGAUAAUUCGCAGAGAGUUCGAAACAGAGAUUCCUACUUGGAUAUCCCAGUUACCACAUGUCAACGAAAGGUGGAGCGCAGAAUUGCAAGCGUUUGAGGGUCAUUCAGAUGAGGUUCGGUCGGUGGCAUUCUCCCCUGACGGUCGGCUGCUAGUAUCCGGCUCUGAUACGAUAGUCCGAGUCUGGGACGUCACGACGGGCACCUUACAGCAAACUUGCACAGGUCAUUCAUACGCAGUUUUAUCAGUAUCUUUCUCGCCCAACGGUCGACUACUGGCUUCUGGGUCUGAUGAUGGCACACUUCGGCUCUGGGACGUAACGACGGGUGUAUUACAGCAGACUUUUAACCACAACCUAGACCAGGUCUUCUCGGUAGCUUUCUCGCCUGAUAGCCGUCUAAUAGCAUCUGGUUCCUAUGAUCCAAUCGUGCGGCUUUGGGACACCAUGACUGGUGUCCUACAACAGACCUUUAAGGGCCAUUCGGAUUCAGUUCGGUCGGUAGGUUUCUCACCUAACGGUCGGUUACUAGCAUCUGGCUCAGAUGAUGAAAGCGUGCCACUUUGGGAUACUACACUAGGCACUAUUCAACAUAUCCUUAAGGGUCAUACAGACUGGGUUCGCUCGGUGGCUUUCUCGCCUAAUGGCCGACUACUAGCUUCUGGCUCUGAUGAUAGGACAGUGCGGCUUUGGGACACCACAACGGGACAGGGUACUUCAAAGGAUGACUUAGGUCAAGUUUUAUCGGUGACUUUCUCGCCCGGCGGCCGGCUACUGGCGUCUGGUUCCCAUGACCAAAAUGUGCGAAUCUGGGAUACCGCGACUAGCGUCUUCCAACAUACUAUUCAACGCCAUUCAGGCCCAGUUUCGUCAGUGGCCUUUUCCCCCGAUGGUCGGACACUCGCGUUCGGUUCCUCUGAUAAGAUAGUUCGGCUUUGGGAUGCCACAAUCGGACUAGAGCAGAGUUUUACAAGGUUUUCAGACCUUGUUCAGUCAGGUCAGCCGGUGACGCCUUUUUCCGACGACAAGCGGCGAGCGGAAAUCCUUGGUGGUUUUGCCCGAUGUAUGGAUAUUUUAACGGGGUUGCACAGCCCAGAGCACUUUCCAAGCCUGUAUUCAACUAUAACGUUCUCACCUGACGGUCGGCUAUUAGCCUCAACCUCCGAAAAUAACAUAGUCUGUCUCUGGGAUACUACAACGGGCACCUUACAGCACGCUCUUAAGGGCCAUCUACGCCGAGCUUCCUUCAUAGCUUCCUCGCCUAAUGACCGGCUCCUAGCGUCUAGUUCUGAAGAUCGAAACCUCCAACUCAGGGACACCACGACCGGUGCCUUAAAGCAGACUUUCGAAAGCUAUUUUGAUCCAAAUUCGUUAGUGGUCUUCUCGUCAAACGGUAGGCUACUAGCCUCUCUUUCCUCUGAGUCAACAGACACGCCCAGAGAUUUGUUUGGGGUGGAGACGAGUCCUAACAAUUUACCAUGGUUGGCUCCUGUAGAUUUCCCGUGGCUGUCGUCGUUUAGAGAUCAUUCACUGCUGCCAUGGCGUUCUAUUGACGACACGCCGAGACCCUUACAACUUGAAAUUGUCGAUAUAGAUGUAGCUUUUAGCGGUACUUCAGAUCAGGCUGGGUCAAAUAGUGCCUAUAGACACGAUAAAGACAUUGUCCGGGUCUGGGACACCACGACGGGAAUCUUACAACAGAUUAUCGAGGGUCGUUCGCGUUCAAUAUUAUCGGUGCGGUUUUCGCCCGAUGACCAGCUACUGGUGUUCGAUUCAUCUGAUAAGAUAAUCCAACUUCGGGACCCCGCAACUGGCGCCAUACAAGAAAAUGAGAGCAUGGAACGAAUGGAUACGGAAGUCGAACUUCCUCAGGACAAACCGUACUCGAGCACAGACCCGGAGUCCUUUGAUAUUCCGACAUGUGGCAUCCAUACCUCUCAUUCGCCUCACUUGAAUCUGAAGAUUGAUAUAUUGCAGAAGCAGUGGGUAACACUGAACGGCGAAAAGGUACUGUGGCUUCCUCCUGAGUUUCGGCCUCACUUUUGGGCCACCAACGGUGGCAUACUUGCACUUGGAUACUUCCCGGAGCGGAUCUCCUUCCUCGGCUUUUGUAGGUAG